AUGGCUGAGGUUUCUGCUAAGAGUUUCAUACCUGAAUCAUUACCGGGGGCGUCGGCCAACAUUGCUGGGCAAAUUGGGCUGCUGUGGGAGCUAAUCAGAGCACCAUUGAUAGUUCCAUUGCUGAGAAUUGCUGUAUACAUAUGCUUAGCCAUGUCAAUCAUGGUGUUCAUUGAGAGGCUUUAUAUGGGGAUUGUGAUCAUUCUUGUUAAGCUCUUCUGGAAAAAGCCCCAAAAGAGGUACAAAUGGGAAGCAAUGGAGGAUGAUCUGGAGAGUGGCAGUGCAGCAUUCCCCAUGGUCCUUGUUCAGAUCCCCAUGUUCAAUGAAAAAGAGGUUUAUAAGAUCUCCAUUGGUGCAGCAUGUAAUCUUUCAUGGCCAGCUGAUCGUAUGGUGAUUCAAGUACUCGAUGAUUCCACUGAUCUUAUCAUCAAGGAUAUGGUUGAGAAAGAAUGCAUUAGGUGGGCGAGUAAAGGAUUAAACAUUAGAUAUCAAAUUAGGGAAACAAGAGGAGGCUACAAGGCUGGAGCUCUUAAAGAAGGGUUGAAACGUGACUAUGUAAAAGAAUGUGAAUAUGUAGUCAUUUUCGACGCCGAUUUCCGGCCCGAACCAGAUUUUCUUCGGCGGUCAAUUCCUUUUCUAGUCCACAAUCCCGACAUUGCUCUCGUCCAAGGUCGCUGGAGAUUUGUGAAUGCAAAUGAAUGCUUGUUGACAAGAAUGCAAGAAAUGUCUUUGGAUUACCAUUUUAAAGUAGAGCAAGAAGUGGGAUCAUCUACUCAUGCCUUCUUUGGCUUCAAUGGCACCGGUGGAGUAUGGAGAAUUGCUGCAAUAAAUGAGGCAGGAGGGUGGAAAGACAGAACUACAGUAGAGGACAUGGAUCUUGCUGUUAGAGCUGGUCUCAAGGGCUGGAAAUUUGUUUACCUAGGAGACCUUCAGGUGAAAAGUGAACUUCCUAGUACUUUCAAAGCCUUCCGUUUUCAGCAACACAGAUGGUCUUGUGGUCCAGGCAAUUUAUUCAGAAAAAUGGUGAAGGAAAUUGUCAAAAACAAGAAAGUUUCACUAUGGAAGAAGUUCUAUGUGAUCUACAGCUUCUUCUUUGUCCGAAAAAUCAUAGCCCACAUGUUUACUUUCUUCUUUUACUGUGUGGUACUUCCUUUAACCAUUUUAGUACCCGAAGUUGAAGUGCCGAAAUGGGGAGCCAUUUACAUUCCGUGCAUAAUCACAACUCUAAAUUCUGUCGGGACUCCAAGGUCGUUCCACUUACUGUUCUAUUGGAUUCUUUUCGAGAAUGUCAUGUCUUUUCAUCGAACCAAGGCAACUUUUAUUGGUUUGUUUGAGGCUAAGAGAGCUAACGAAUGGGUUGUCACUGAAAAACUUGGAGAUGCUCUCAAGAACAAGUCGAAUACCAAAGCAACACCAAAGAAAUUACCCCUAUUUAAGCUUGGAGACAGAAUAUUACUCCACGAGCUGGGGUUCGCGGUCUUUUUAUUCGUCUGUGGAUGCUAUGACUUCCUUUAUGGAAAGAACAACUAUUUCAUAUACCUUUUCCUUCAAGUUAUCACCUUCACAAUCGCGGGAUUUGGCUAUGUUGGGACAAUAGUCCCGAGCUCUUAA